GGGCGUUACCUCUAAACAAAAUGGCAGCAAAAGCACCAGACUAUCAACCAGGGAAGAGGGACAGACACUCCACUGUACGGGUAGGAGACUACCUGUACAUGUGGGGUGGGGACCAGCCUGAUCUCCCUAAUGUACAUAAUAAUGAAAAGAAGAAAUCAAUGUGUUCUGUGAUGGAGGUGUGUCACCUAAGGACUGGUAGGUGGGAGCAGAAACCCACCACUGGUAACCCUCCACUGGGUGUUGUGUAUUAUGCAGCUGCUGCCAUUGGAAGGGAAAUAUUUUAUUUCGGAGGAUGGUGUAAUCAUCCUGGCUGUCGUCAUAAUAGUUUAUACAGUUUUAAUGUUGAUACGUUCAAUUGGAAGGAACUCUCUCCUACUACAUCUCAUCAUGGUCCUAUGAUGAAGUCCUUCUGUGACAUGAUAGCAAUAAAAGUGAACGGUGAGGACUAUCUUGUAGUAAUUGGAGGAUAUGGAUCAUCUUCUAAUAAUACACCACCACAAUCUGGUGCCCAGUACAGUGGUGAAGGUUAUCAACGAUGCAAUGAGAUCCAUUUCUAUAAACUCUCAACAGGACAAUGGAUAUCACCGACUGUCACUGGAGACAGAUCACCUCCUAUUUUUGACUUCACUUUAACAUCAAUUAAUAAUUCCAGUGCUAUAUUAUUUGGAGGUGCCACUGCUAAUGGAAGGAGUAAUGAUGUAUAUAUUCUUAAUUUUACUGAUACAUCAGUGAAUUCUUCAAAGUUACCUAAUCCUGGAGGAUCAGUACAAUGGCCUAAGGAAAGACUUGAUAUUAACAAUAAAUCAUGGAAGGAACUGAAAAGCAUACCAGACUUUGUCACUGAUAGAUGGCGUCAUUCUCUCUCAGUUUGGAGUGUGACUCCAACCACUAACUGGAUAAUUGUGUUUGGAGGAAGCUCAUCAUACACUGACACAGCAGUUAUUGAACUCAGAUAUACUAGUAAUAAUGAUUGGUCUACUAGUAUAAUACCUUUGGACCAGUAUCAAGAGAAACUACAAGAAAGGAGAAGAGAAUGGGAAGCAUCUCAACCUGUUCAACCUGAGGAUAGAAAAGAAAUAGACCGUCUGACACGUGUACUACAAGAAAGGGAAAGGGAACUACAGGAGGAGAGAAGAGAAAAGGAACAAGUUAGAAACAGACUACAGCAACAACUUCAAGGAAGAGAACGACAACUUCAACAAGCACAGCAACAAGGACAAGAAAGAGAGAGGGAAAUUCAACAGGCCAGGGAAAGAGAGCAGGAUCUUCAAGAAAGAGAGCGACAGUUUCAAAAGCAAGUAGAAGGUGGCCAGCAAAGAGAACAGGAUCUUCAACGACAGCUUCAAGAAAAGGAGAGGGAAUCAGAGCUACAAAUUCAACAGGCCAGGGAACGAGAACAGGAUCUUCAGAGGCAACUUCAACAAGCACAGCAGCAACUUCAGUCAAGAGAGAGAGAAUCUCAAGAAAGAGAGCAACAGCUUCAAAGGCAAGUAGAAGGUGGCCAGCAAAGAGAACAGGAUCUUCAACGACAGCUUCAAGAAAGAGAGCAACAGCUUGAGGAAAGAGAGAGAGAGUUCCAAGAAAGAGAGAGACAACUUGAAGAGCAGAUACAAGUGGCAGAGUCUUCCUGGGUAAUGAAGAGAAGAGAGAUUACAAUGACAGAGGUAGUCCUUGGUAAAGGAGGAUGGGGAGAUGUCAAAGUGGCUGGUUUUCGUGGUCUGAAGGUUGCUGCAAAGUGUCUCUACGAAGUCAUCAUCUCUCCUUAUAACAUUGGGACAUUCUCUCGGGAAAUGAAUAUUGCUUCUAAAUACGUCAUCCUAACCUCCUUCAGUUCAUAGGAGCGACUACAGAGGGUAAUCCAAUCAUCCUGACAGAGCUAAUGC